UUGGCGCUUAUUCAGCACGCGUUUAGUCGGCUUCUCACUUCCGAUUCCGCCAAGUACCCACUUAAAGACUCGUGGCCGGUCUACGAGGCUCUCUCAUCGCCAUGAUACCCUCAAGCCUCAGGCAUUGGAUACAAGAGCACAAGAUUAAAUGGCUACCCUCUUCUCGAGAUUCAGCUCUUGUCGAAUUUUCAUUCCCCGCAAUAAUCAUUGGCUUGUUGAUCGGAUGUCUUCUAUGCUUUACCAAUCUAUACUUUGGUCUACAAACUGGGUUCAUUAGCAUGAUGUCUCUUCAAUCUGCUUUGAUAGGAUUUCUCGUCAGCAAAAUGCUACCUAUUCCGCUAACUCCUCAAGAAAUCAUAUUGGUCCAGACGACUGCGACAGCUACAGGAACAAUGCCUCUAGCAGCUGGAUUCGUCGGAAUCAUCCCGGCCCUGGGUUUAAUCGACGAAGAGCGAGAUGGGUCACCUCCGAUUCAUUUGACGUGGGUUGCAGGAAUUGGAUGGUCGUGUGCAGUUGCGUUCUUUGGUGUCUUUCUGUCACCUCCCAUUCGCAAGCAAGUAAUUAUUGAAGAAGAGCUUGCGUUUCCCUCCGGAACAGCUACAGCGCAAUUAAUAUCCGUUCUUCACAAACUUCCACCUCCCGACACCAGUUUGCGGCGACGAAACGGGUAUCAAUCAGUUGAGGAUCAAGAAUUCGAUGAAGAGACAGACGUUCGACCCGUCCGAGAGACUACGCCGCUUAGGCACCCAGAAAAUACCCCUACCGCGGGUUGGCAUGAGCUCUUGUGGAGCUUUGUCAUCUCUAGUCUACUGACGCUAGCUGCGUACUUCUUCCCCGUCAUCUUUGCUAUUCCUCUUUUUGGAAACUAUCUUGCUCGAGAGUGGGCGUGGUCAUUCACCCCUAGUCUUUCGUAUGUAGGCCAAGGAAUUAUCAUGGGAUUUCCGACUACGCUUAGCAUGAACAUGGGGAUGCUUGUUGGAUGGGGAAUUCUUUCUCCAAUAGCCAAGUUUUCCGGAUGGGCUCCUGGUCCUGUCGGUGAUAUGACUUCAGGAUCAAGAGGCUGGAUCCUUUGGGUUUCAUUGGCCAUCAUAAUGAAGUAUGGGUCUUCAUCGCAAAUAGAGGGAAAGAAUGACGGCGAAAUAGAAAGCGCAGAUCGUCUUGUACCUGGUCGAUGGGUAAUUGUCGGCUGGUGCGCAAGUGUGUUGGUUGGUAUAGUCUUGGUUUGGAUUGUCUUCGGGCAUGAAGGAAUCAAGCCAGCUGCAACGUUCGCUGGGUAUGUCAUAGGAGGUCUUCUCAGCGUUCUCGCUGUUCGCGCGUUGGGAGAAACAGAUAUUAACCCCGUAUCAGGAUUAGGAAAGAUCUCACAGUUGUUUUUCGCCUGGAUCCAGCCUGGCAAUAUUGUAGCAAACAUUAUCGCAGGAGGUGUAGCAGAAGCUGGCGCGCAACAGGCUGGAGAUCUAAUGCAAGACCUGAAAACUGGCCAUUUGUGCGGGGCAUCCCCUCGAGCUCAGUUUUACGGACAACUUAUUGGGUCCGUUGUAUCAAUAUUUGUCACAACCACUGCCUAUUCCCUUUACACCCGAGUAUACCCCAUCCCCGGACCAUCUUUUCCUGCCCCUACGGCAUAUGUAUGGCUAAGUUUUGCGAGGCUUUUGCGUGAUGGUCAGUUGCCAGAAAAGAGUGAUGUUUUCAUGGUUGGCUUCGCUAUCAUCUUUGCGCUUAUUGCUGCAGUCAAGUUUUACGCCGCCAACAAACAGGUAUGGUGGGCAAAGUGGGUACCUUCAGGCGUGGCUUUUGCAAUCGGCUUCUUGAAUACGCCUUCCUUCUCUAUCGCUCGUCUUAUUGGGGGUAUUCUUGAAUACAUCUUCCGUACAAGAUAUGCCAGGAGCGGAGGGGACAUUCGGCUUAUAGUAAUCGCCAGCGGGUUUGUACUUGGUGAGGGGGUGACAAGUGUUAUAUCACUGAUACUGAAGACAUGCGGCGUUGGUGUCGCGAGUUGUUGGGGAUGUGGACAGAGCGGGGUUUGUGGGGGUUGCUCAGUAUAGAUUUACUUUACUUGAUAGCUAUGGAUGGAACACUAUGUACAUUGUAAUGAACACAUUAUUUGCA